CUAGUAUAUCUGCAGAAAAGAGGAAGGAUGUGAGCUGAGCUAUCAAAGAAUGUGAGUAACAAAGAUGCCUGCAGCAAUGAGAAGUACAAGAAUAUUAAUCUCACAGCAGUUUAUGGAGGACCAGGAGACCUUCACCUCUCUAAUUCUUCCCCCUGCCAUCCAUAUCCCUGACGCCCCGCCUCCAUCAGACCUAGCCUACCUGCAAGCAGCGGCCAUCUUUCAAUAUCUACGUACGGACAAACCACUCAAACAUCAGUUGAUGCAUUAUGGGAAGAAGACAGACAAGCUGUCGCUGCCGGAGAGCGGAGACAAGACGACCACGCAACGUGCCUUACAACUGGCCUUCAGCACUCUCAAAUACCAAGAUUUAUUGGAGGAAAUGAUGACGGACAGCCGCUUCCUCACAUCGGAGCAUAUUCCCAGUGACCUGCUGCCACUAGCGAUGGUGAUGCUGUGCAACUUCCAGGAGCGAAAGUUUUUGCCAUGCCAGCGUUUAGCAAAGGAAGGAGAGAAGCCCCAACGGGAAGUGAGAGAUCUGGAGAACAAGCUUCAUAAUUGUAAGACCAAGCUCGCAGCCUCUCUUGCACGCAGCAGGGUAAAACACGGCCUGCAGAGUGUUUCCCGCAUCCUAUCAGAACCUGUGAGGAGCAAACAGCACAGAGCGAGACUACUGCCUCUCUAUGCAUGGGUCAACACUCUCAGGAGCAGCGUGGAGGAAGUGUGUAAGGAGUUAGAGCUCAGCGGGGUGUCCGAGGUGGACAACAUUGCUGAUGUCAGCGAAUGCACAUUCAGCAGAGACCCCCUCUGUCGCGACACGCUCAUCUUCUCCCGAAAGCUUCAUGCACAGCUGAAGCAUAGCCGGCUCACUGCUACACACAAACUUAUCAUUCAGGACAGGAGCUUAUGCGUGUCGGUGAGUGCCUUAUGCCCCCUCUUAUUCGAGAAAGCCGAUGUCCUGGUGGCGGGCUCUUUCUCAGCCCUGACUGUGGCCCACGUGGCCAUCAUGGCGGCUGCCUGCUCAGGCAGCGUUCUGGUGUGUGGGGCUGAUCACACUUCCUCACAGCUGGAGGACAUGCACGAGCUCCUGAAGGAAAUGGAUAUAAAAAAUGUGCGUGUCCUGUCUGGGGCCUUCUUCAGUCUGGGCGAGCGGGACGCCACCAUUGAGCGUUUAAAGGUCAUCAUGGUGCUUCCUCAGUGCUCGACUUCUGGCCUCAGUGACCCAGUGGAUACCAUUCACUGUGAAAAUGGAGACUGGGAUCUGCUUCAAGACUUGUCUCGUGGGACGGUGUCCCAGAGCAGCUUGCACAAACUGACAACACAGCAAGCACGGCUACUGGCCUAUGCCUUAACCUUCCCACAGGUGGAGACUGUGCUCUACUGCACACGCUCGGUGUACAAGGAGGAGAAUGAGCAGCUGGUGAAUAGAGUGUUGGAAAAAACACACGCACCCUCCAAACUACUGCCAUUCAGGCUGAAGGGACCCAUUUUCCCCGAUGACACAACAAAAGCCUCUAUUUUCUUCAGGCUAGAAUCCUCGCAGGUCACCAACGGCUGCUUUGUGGCCCGCUUGUCUCGACAGGCAGAUCCCACUAAGGUAGAAACAGUCCAGGAAGUGCUCGCAAGAGCGGCAGCCAAAGGCCUCCUGGAUGGACUCUUCCCAGAACAACCGAAGGAGAAGAAAGGGAAAAGCAAGAAGAAUCCUGAGGGUGAUUCGGAACAGGGGAAGGAUCAAAGUGAAGAAGAGGUCAAGGGGGAAGGGGAAGAAGAAAAGGGAGGACAACGCAAGAGGAAGAAAAGACGCAAACGCAAGAUCAAGCAAAGCAAGACGGUCCCCAAGCAUCAUUCAACAAGUCAUAAGAAGAAGACACAUUACAGGAAGCGAACAGUCAAGAACAAAGCACGAAAGAUCCCUCGCCUUACGCUCACACUCAUAUCGUCCACCAAACCCUUCACCAACGUGUUUUCAGCAGCAGGCAAGACGGAGAGUCCCACUGCCUCUGCUAAAAAACAGCCCUCCCCUGCCAUCCGUCCUGCAACCAAAACACCGACAACUGCAAGCAAACCAGGCGGCCCAGUGAGGAGCUACAUGGAGGUGAUGGCCGCCAUGGAAGCGUUACAAUCUGAAGAUGUGCUCAUCUCACCUCAAGCUUGCAGCUCUCUGAGCAGUGACAGUGGGAUGUCCCUCAAACAGACCUCAACCACCACAUCUCCGCAUCAUGCUCAGAGUAAAUAGCAUAUUAAAUAAGUACAGCUGCAGCAUGUCACCUAAUGAUGGACAAAAAUAAAUCAUUAAC